CAUUUUUAAUGAUAUUUAGACGCGGCUUCUUUCGAAUCUAAACUCGGUGUACUUGACUCAUGAGCUGUAAAGUUGUUUUCGAUGUAUCUUUGCUAACACUUGUAUUAUUCUGGGUGUAAUUCUGUGUUACAGUACUUUCAUUGAAACACAACAUUCGAUCGUUCAAACACUUCAAAAUUUAAAAUUAAUUCAUUUCCAUGUCACUUAAAGUUUUUCGCUAUAAGCUCAAUCAAUAUUUUAUAGUUAUUUUCUUGCGAAUCUACGCUAAAGUUUUCUUUGACCUUUCAUUCUACAUAAUGACGAAAGCAUAAAUAUUAUGAUGGAAUCUCCAAGAAAGAGUUUGAGUUUGGCCAAGAGUAUACCUCAGGGAGAAAUUUUAACGGAUUUGAAAAGUAAAAAAUGGAAACUGGGACCAGCGGUAGGAAUUGGUGGCUUUGGAGAAAUUUAUCUUGCUUCUGAUGAUUUGACUAGAACCGUGGGUAAUAAAACUGACUAUGUAGUGAAAGUAGAGCCAUUUAUGAGUGGUCCUUUAUUUGUUGAAAUUCACGUUUACGCUAAAAUUGGUAGAAAAGAACUGAUUGAUAAAUGGAAGAUGGAUCGUAGAAUGAAAGCUUUAGGAAUGCCACAUUUCUUGGGUUGCGGUUCUCAUUACUAUAACAACGAACGUUAUCGUUUUAUUGUUCUGCCGAAAUACGGUAUCGAUUUGCAGACCGUGUUUCUGAAUAGUGGCCGACGAUUUAGUCUUAAAACAGCAUUUACCUUGGCUUUUUAUGUGAUCGACGUUUUAGAAUAUAUUCAUAGUAAAGGUUAUGUUCAUGCGGAUAUUAAAGCUUCAAAUUUGGUCCUGAACAAAGAAAAUACUACUCCAGUUCAUUUAUUAGAUUAUGGUUUAUCCUGUAAAUUUUAUGACGAUGUUGGGAAUCAUAAAAAGUUAGAAUCUGAUCAAAGGAAAGCCCACAACGGUACCUUAGUAUUCACAUCGAGGGAUGCUCAUUUCGGAGCACAUUCAAGACGAGGCGAUUUAGAAGUGUUGGGGUAUAAUAUCAUCCAGUGGAUAACGGGUUCGUUGCCGUGGGAAGGUAACACGGAUGCUGAAAUGGUAGCUGAAUAUAAGAAUAAAAUGAUGAGCAAUUUGCCUGCCUUGAUUGACGAAUGUUUUAGUUCCAAAAAAAUCGAACCGCCUGAUUCUUUAGUGCAAUAUUUGAGAUAUGUUAAUCGUUUGAAAUUCAAGUCGAAACCGAAUUACGCAUAUUGUAGAAGUUUAUUUAAAAAUGCUGUUCGAGAUGCUGGGUACACAUUUAAUGGAGACCUCUCUUUGAAUGUGAAUUUAUUGCAAGGACCUCGCAGGCGUUUUAGAUGUAACAGCGAUAGAGAAAACAAUAACAGAUAUAAAUUUCGUAAGCCCUGUGCAAUACCUGUUAACAAUGCUCGGAAACCUUGCGCCGUUCGUAAUUACAAUCCAAGAUUAACAAGAAAAUCAACACAUAGUACGGUUCAGUUCGAUUGGCCCAAAAUAUUAGCCGGAAAUCCAGAGAAACCCACUGGUAUUUUGCCAAUGUACGAUGUUCCUCAAGAGUCAAGAAUGGCCGGAAUCAGUAUAUCAUCAGACAGUACAGAUUCUGCAAAUUCCGAAGCUCUGUAUACUCGUGGCUUAGAUAAUCCUACUCCGCAAAUGAAAUUAAUCCUCGAACGGGAAAAACAAAAAGAAAAGGCAAUCAUAGUUAGUAAUACCUGUACCACGAAUGCUGCACCUUCAAAAGCGAAAAUUUCACGAAAUCGAAGCAAAAACCCAUCUCCUGUGAAUACCGAACAAAAACCGAACAACAACGAAAAGCCUCUUAGGAAAGAGACCAGUAAAGCGACGAAAAAAACGAUUCCUGUUGUUACUAUCGUAUCGCCUCGUUCGAGUCGUAAUCGUAAACAUUCCCUCAAAACAAUCUCGAAAAAUACCAGAACUACAGGUAAUAGAAGCUCUACAAGAAGGAAAUCAUUGAGUAAACGAUGUUGAAAUACCGAAUUGACGUAAUUUUAAAUUAUUUAUUAUUCGUUUCUACGAUUUUUAAUCUAAACUAUUGUUUUUUUUUUUUUUUAAAUUUAAAACGUUAAUUUUACUUUUCUGAAUAUUCAUUAAAUAUACGCGUAUGAUUAUGUU